AUGAUCCGCCCACGUCUAAGGGUACCCCGUGUGGGUGUCGUGACCACCAGCAGCAGCAGCAGCAACAUAUCCUUCUUGGGCUCCAGGAGGGCUCUUCACAACGUGCCCAGGCUGCGACACGACUUUUCUGAGAAUGGUGUUCCCAACCUGAUGUCUCCCGGCGGAUUCUCGAUCGCCUGGUCAGACUACAUGACUCUUGCGACGGAGAAGUUGAAUGCCUUGACAGCCGGAACUGAACUCGAAAACAAGGAUACAAAGACGAUAACGCUGAUGACGGCGCGCGAGCCCAACCAAGCCCCCGUCUUCAACUGGGCCUCUAUGGCGCACAACAACCACUUCUUCUUCGACGGCCUGACGCCCGCGCCCACGCCCAUCCCGGACGUCCUCCGCCGUGAGCUGGAAGCCUCCUUCUCCUCCAUGGAGACUCUGAAGCGGGAGUUCAUCGUGACCGCGUCCGCCAUGUUCGGCCCGGGCUUCGUGUGGCUCGUCCGCGCCGGGCCGGGCGACUACCGCCUCCUGCCCACCUAUCUGGCCGGCUCGCCCUAUCCUGGCGCCCACUGGCGCACCCAGUCUACCGACAUGAACACCGUCGGCGCCGGCGGCUCCGCCCGCGCCCACUUCCGCAACCAGCUCUUCGGCGCCAAGCAGCGCACCGGCGAGCUCCCCCCGGGCGGCAUCGACCUCGAACCCCUACUGUGCCUCAACACCUGGGAGCACGCCUGGCUCCUCGACUGGGGCGUCGGAGCCGGAGGCGUCGGCGGGAAGCUCGCCUAUGCUGAGUCCUGGUGGGAGGUCAUCGACUGGGAGGCUGUUGCCCAGAAGGCCGGUGUGCUCCGUCCAGCUUUCAAGGAUGCUGCUGCCUCUGCUUCUGCUGCUUAG